AUGUCGAAGCAUCCGUACCCUUCGGAAGACCAGAAGAAGCAGCUCGCUCAGGACACGGGGUUGACGAUUCUUCAAGUUAACAACUGGUUUAUCAACGCGAGGCGUAGAAUUGUCCAGCCGAUGAUCGACCAGAGCAAUCGAGCCGGUAAGACGAGCUGCAUUCUGUCAACAAAUCCAACACAAACAUGUUACAACGACAUACAAACAUGUUACACCGAAGACGCGUAUAAUUUCAUGUCACCUGAAAUGUCGCUGGAUAUGCAUCACGAAUACGUUUAUCCGGCUUAUCACGAGGGUUACACUCCCGGUUAAAUUCCUUAUCAGUGACGUAGAUCGAUGUGUUGUAACGAAGGAAUCCUGCCCAGAACGAUUUGACUGAUUCGAUAACUCUUACUCGAGCUAAGAUCAGAUUCAUUAGUAUUUCAUCCGACACGUUGUUUAUCAGCAAUUUCAUUAAAAAACACUGUUUCCUUUCUUUCUUUACAUUUUUUUAUC